AUGCCUCGCCGACGAGAACGCACGCCCGGCCCGGGCGCCUACAACCAAGACCACCGCCCCAUCACGCCCUCCUCGCCGGCAUUCACCAUCGCCGGCAAGCGCACUGGCUCCCUCUACAACGACAGCCCCGGCCCGGGGACAUACACACCCGGCCGACAAUACGGCGCCCCGGCAUUCACCAUCCCCGGCCGCUACUCCGGCCCCUCCGACAACGAGAACCCUGGUCCCGGAUCCUACCACACCGACUCCAACUUCCUCUACAAGCGCGAGCCGGCCUACACCAUCUCCUCCCGCAACCUGGGCAGCCACCGCGACAUGAGCCCCGGCCCCGGACAGUACAACGUCCCGCGCGGGGAACACGGCCCUGCCUUCAGCAUCGCCGGCAAGCGCUCCCCGCGGGCGGGGGAGCGGUCCCCCGGCCCGGGGGCAUACACCGCCGGCGACACCCGCCCGCGCAGCCCGGCCUACACCAUCGCGGGGAAGGCGUCGCGUGUCGGCGGGGAGCAGACACCCGGGCCGGGGGCAUAUACCCCCGGCCCGGUGUCCAGGGGACCGGCCUUCACCAUGCCGUUCCGGCGGGACUGGAAGCCCGGUGACCAGGGCCCGGGGCCCGGCCAGUACGAGUUUGAGACCGGGAUCAAGGCCACCACCAAGAGGAUGCCGGCCUUCUCCAUCGCUAGCAAGAGGGACUCGCGGAUUUCGGAGUCGGGGCCGGGUCCCGGGACUUACACGCCGAGGACGAGGAUCGCGCUGGACGCGCCGCCGGCCUACAGCAUCGCCGGGAGGAGGGAGCCCGGCCUUCACCAUCGCCGGGAAGAGGCCCAAGGGGCUCGGGGAUAG